UAGGACUUAAAAGGAUUGACUGUUGGAGAACAAGCACGUAGGAGAGGACAUGUUGUUUUGCUCUUUGGCUACAUAAAGGUCUGUCAAUUGCAAAAUGGCCUGCCAAAAUAUUGAAACAGACAUCAGUUUUGCACAGGAUUUGAUCACCUGCAGCUUGUGCCAAAAUGAAGUAGAUUUCUCCUGUAACUCGUGCAGGGUACGACUUUGUUGUGCUUGUGUUGGUAAACAUAUGAUUUCUACAUCCUCCGAGAAUCACGAACUAGUGAGAUACUCUCUAAAAUAUGAAACAUUGCAAAGUCCACUGUGUCCAACUCACAUUCACCAAAAAUGUGGAAUAUAUUGUAAGCAAUGUGAAAUUCCUGCAUGCGAUAAAUGUGUUGUUUCAACUUGCCACAAAAACCAUGAUUUUGUUGAAAUUAAGGAUGUUUAUCAAGCAAAGAAAACAAUCAUCAAACAGGACACAACUAUUCUUAAAGAGCAGAUUGCUCCAGAAUACGAAAAGAUUGUCGAGCAGUUGGAGGAAUGGAUAAACACUUUACCCAAAAAUAACGUAGCCCUGAAAUCACAAGUGCAUCUGAGAGGCAAGGUCUUACAUGAAUUCGUCGACAAAGUUGUCAACGAACGCAUCAGUGAUAUUGAUAAUAUGGAACAGCAAAACGCUGAAAGUUUGAAGAAACAUUUAAAAGCUUUCAAAGGCAAAGUUGGAGCUGUACGUCAGACCAUUAGAGAAAAUGUCGCUCUUUUACAAUCGUGGGACUCUAAACUUCUUCAUUUUUGUUCCAAUGUCGAUCAAUAUAGAAAUGUAUCUUCUUUUCCAGAUGAUAUUUACAACAUAGAAUUCGUUCCUGAUGCAUACAGCACAAAGGAUCUCUCGGAAAUUUUAGGCGAUCUUAGUUUUUCCAAAGUAAAACCAUUCCAGGAAAACAUUACCAGAACAGAAAUUGAACGGUCGCUGCGAAACAUCUCUUCGAAAAUCGUCAUGGAUGAUCCAGAAAUCAUCGCCAAUAUUUCAACAGAAUAUGAAUCGCUAUAUGACAUCGCUUGUCUAGAAAAUGACCAGGCAUGGGUAAAUGGUGGGGGCAUAAUGACAAGAUUAGAUAUAAAAGGAAAGGUAUUUGAAAAAAUUAACACAGCAAAUAAUUCUCCCGCUAAUGGCCUUGCCGUCAACAAUGAUGGGGAACUACUGUAUUCAGAUUAUAAUGAAGAAAAAAUAUAUUUGGUAAAACAUGGAAAACCCAGAACUCUGAUUAAAACGCAAUGGGGACCGGGUGGUAUCUGCUUGAGUGCAUCCGGAAAAAUCCUUGCGGUUACUUGUGAACGGAGGAGGGGAUUAUAUCAAGUCGAAGUAUUUGAUUUGAAGAGUGGAAGUUACAUCAAACGAUUUGAACUCUUUCAACUUAAAGGUGGCAGAUAUCUUACAUUUUACUUAUCAGAAAAUAUAAAUGGCGAUAUAUGUAUUGCAGACUUGAACGCAAAAAUCGUUCUUGUUUUCAACCGAGAGGGUAACCUUCGCUUUCACUACGGAGGAAAAAGUCUUCAUCAUAGUUUUCAUCCAUAUUACAUUGCAACAGAUAGUCAGGGACAUAUUCUUGUAUCUGACAAUGGAAAUAACUGUGUCCAUAUCCUUAGCAUAGAUGGAGAAUUGAUCUCAGUCAUAGAUAAGCUUAGAUUAGAAGAUCCACAUGGGAUAAGCAUUGACAAAGAAGACAAAUUAUGGCUCGUUGAAAAAUCAGGAAAGAUAAACGUAAUACAAUAUUUGAAAUAAAUAUCAAUUCAGUAGAACAUACGAUCUACUAAUGACUUGGUUUAUAAAUGAUCUAGACAUUUAGUGUACAUAUCCUGAAUUCUAAGUGGUACACGAACAAUUUGUCGUGUUUUGUUAUGGAGAGUCCAUAUCCGCAACGAACAACAAACUAUCUGCUACGGUACCGGCAACCUCGGAACUCGUACUUUAUCUUGACUCUCUUUGUGACUUAUGCAUGUAUCUAUUUCAAGUUAUUAGGCUGAAAGCUUGUGAUUUAUAAAUCAUGCUUUGCUGGUUGAAAUUGAUUUAAAGAUUCUGAAAAAGAGUAGAAAACUCGGGGGAAAACGUGUGAAGUUUGAAACAACAUUUGUAAUUAUAUGUAAAUGUUCUUAUUAUUUUUACAGCAGAGUUUUGAAUUAUAACUUAUACACUAGUGUUUUUCAUAGAAACACUUUGAAUGUCCCUUUCUGAUAAAAUUUCACCAUCGAGAAGGGAUUACAAUUUAGCUUUAAGGAUGUUGAGUUUAAUUGAAUUCUGUGUGAUGAAUUUUAACGAAAAAUACUAAUAUGAAUAGGAACAUGCAUUAAUCACAAGUUAUCAUAAUCAUGAAUUAUAAUUAUAUUAUAAUUAUUAUUAUUUCCCUUAAAUAAAAGCAGAAAUAUAUGAAUAUCGAGAAUGGUGUCGUGAACAUGAAGUCAACUCACAUAGAAAACAUUUCUUAACGCUGUCACUUUUUACACAUUUUUUUUUAUGUACAUUUAGAUGUAUGGAGGUAUAUGAACUCCUAAUUGCUGUUUAUGACAGGCUCAAUUCUUUCUCAAACGUUUCUUAAAAUUCAUUUUGAAGAAAAUUAGAAGAAAAAAAUAUCAGAUGGUAAAAAAUAAUAAUUUUCCCUGUAUUUUUGCUUAGUUCUGUUAAUGAAAUACCGUUUAUAACAUGAUUUAAUAAAUAUAAGCCACAGUUUAAA